GAUUAUCACGUGAGACUCUUCACUCUUGUCUCUCCAUAUUUUCCUGCCUCUUUCUCUAUCUCUCCUUUUCUCUCUCUUUCUCUCCCCUCUCUCUCCUCAUCAUGGCUGACCUGGAGUCCCAGUCUACUGUACUAGAGGACUACGAGUCCGUCUUAGAAGAGCUCACCUUCAACUCAAAGCCGAUCAUCAACAUGCUGACCAUGAAGGCAGACAAAUAUCGAAUCUACGCCCCUGCCAUAGUCGAGCUGGUCAAGACCCGGUUCUUCAAGGUGCGGCAAGAGUGCAAGAUACCAACCCUCUAUCUCAUGGACUCCAUGAUCAAGAACCUGGGAGGGGAAUUCCUAGAGGAACUCACAAAAGGGAUCGUGGGCGUGUUCUGCCACGCCUUCGAAGCACUGAAUGACCCAAAGAUUCGUAUUGCUUUGUAUAAACUGAGGCAGACAUGGCUCCCGUACAUACCUGUCAGGAAACUGGCAGCUAUAGAUGAGCAUAUUCACGCUAUCGAUCCAAACUGGCCAAUCACUGCUCAGGAGCCCUCCAGUCCAACUAUAUUCUUGAAUCCAAAGUUUCUUGAACCUAAGGAGGACUCUGCUAAGAGAAAUUCGGGGAAAUCGUCAACUGAAAGAAGAUCAUCUCCACUUCCCAAAAAGUCGAUAUUAAAACCAUCAUUACCAGCAGCGUCAUCUAAGCCUUCAAGCAACUCACUGGCUCCUCCAACCAUUGAGAACAAAGGCAGAAGAAGCCCCCAGAACACUCUCGUCGAUAAACAAGCAUCAAAAAGUCCCUCACCAAUGCCUUCCUCGUCUAUGAAACACAGCAAGCCUACAAAAAGUCCAAGCAAAGACUCAGGAGCCAACGAUUAUCGUAUUCCAAAGAAAAAGAAAGUACAGUUUCAAUCGCCGCCGACCUCCUCUUCCUCUUCCUCUCUCUCUUCUACUUCUUCCUUGAAACCUGUCGAUUCGUUUGCUUCCUCUCUCUCCCAACCAGCUCCUUCUCAAGAAGUCUCUUUGGCUAUGAAGGACAAACGUAAGAAGCUCCUUGCUCAACAAAGACAAAUCAAAACAAACAAGCAGCUCUCGAUGGGGAUACUCCCACCAUUACAGGACGACGUCUCUCUCGAUCGCGUCAUACAGAAACACAAGCGAAGCUCAAGUCCAAGUCCCGAGAAGAGACCGUCUGAGUCUGUGGUUAAACGCCCACGCAGUGCCAGUCCCACUGUUACUGUGGAUACAAGAGGUGAUGAGGUUCCCGUGGAAAGUGAUUCCAGUGCAGGCAUUGCCGGUAGGAAGCAUAGAAAUGAGGAUACUAGCAUUGAGUUUGAUGCUAAUAAGCGAAUCAAGACAGAGCCUAUUGAAGACCUUGUUCUAGUUACUGACAAUAAUCCAAUGAAAAGAAUAGGAGGAGGAGGAGGAGGAAUGGAUAAUGACAGGACUACAGAUAUCAAUGAUCUUCUACCUGACUUUAUACUCAAGAAACAAGAAUAUAUGUUGGAGCAGGCUAGAAAGAGAUUACAGUCUGACACACUAACAUCAGAGCAACGUGAUCAACUUCUGAGACAGGUUGAUCAACUCCUCGAGUUGCAGGCAACUCAUAAAGAAGAGAGAACUGAUAAGUUUUUGAUUAAUGAUAAAUCUGUGUCACACGGUGAUUCUGUAUCACGCAAUCUUGAUUCUGUAUCAUUUUCGCACACACCCGUUACUAAUUCUGUAUCACAUUUUAAUGAUUCUGUAUCGCACUCACAUGAUUUUGUAUCGCACCCACAUGAUUUUGUACCGCAUCCCCACGAUUCUGCAUCACACUCACGUGAUCUUGUAUCACACCCUCGGCCGUCAGCCGAGAUCCAGCCCCACCGCACGCUCCUUCCCUUCCCCCCACCUGGAGAUUAUAUCCCUCCUCAGAGAGAUUUUCCCCCUCCAAGGGGUCUGGGACGGCCUCCGCCACCGAGGGCGAAUUUCAGGCGACGGGGCGGGAGGGGGUUUAAGCGUGGGAGGCGAGACCGAGCCUUCAGGGAACACUCACCUCCUCUAAUGAGAAGGGGCCCGGGGGGUAUGAGAGAUGAGAGAGGUCCCCCUCCUCCUCAUCAUCUCUCUCGUCAUCCUCUUCCUCAAGAAAGCGAAGGUCCUGCUCUUGUGUCUGAUCUUUAUGAGAAGUUAAGGAGUAGCGGCCUCCUCCUUCCUCCUGAUGGUGAGGCUGGCAGUCACCCUCCGCCUGUUCGUAGAGGACCAGCACUGCCCAUGAUUAGAUUAAAUAUCAGAGAAUUGAAAAUGGACUAUGAGGGUCUACACAUGUUGCUUCAUGAAGGUGAGCCGUGCACUUCGUGUGGUCUGAGAUUCAGAGAAGAUCAAAGGGAAGAGUAUCAGGCUCACCUUGACUGGCACUAUCAGGAGAACAGGCUGGAUAAAGAUGGAAGCAGGGCUACAAUGAGGAACUGGUUCUUACAUCCAGAUGAUUGGAUCACUUUUGAUGGAUCAUCACUUAUCAAUCAGAAUGAGCCAUUAUUAUCAAUGGAACAAGAAAGUAAAGAGGAUUCUGUUGGUAGAGAUGAAAACAAAUCUGCUGGUAUAAGCUGUCAAGUUCUUCCAGGGGAAGAUACUCAAGUGUGUGGUGUAUGUCAUGAGCAGUUGGAGCAGUUCUGGGAGGAAGAUGAAGAGGAGUGGCACUUUAAAGAUGCACUUCGUACAGGAGAUGGAGUAUUGUAUCACAGUUACUGUUACGUUGAUUCAAAAGAGUCCUUAGGAUUAAUGUCUGUUGAUUCGUCUCCAAUCAGUGAGACAGCAAAACCAUUGAACAUAUGAUCCCAUCUCUCUCCCCCCCCUCUCUCUCUCUGUCUCUCAUCUCAUUAUUAUUAUUAUUGUUAUUAUUAUUAUUAUUUAUUA